AUGGAAGAAACAACACUCUCUAUUGUCGCACUGUCUGCAUUUGCUAUGAUUUUUCUUUUUAUACUCUUUGCACUGAAACAAAAGAGAGGAAUUAUAAAGGGGAAAAAUUAUUCAAGUUCAAUUGUCACAUAUGAGGAAGAAGGAGGCUCCAAAGAAUUAAAACCGACAAGUGUAAAUUAUCAUCUAACACGACAGUGUAACUACAAAUGUGGAUUCUGCUUUCACACAGCCAAAACGUCGUACGUGUUACCAAUCGAGGAGGCAAAGAAGGGAUUGACGUUGCUGAAAGAAAAUGGUAUGGAAAAGGUGAAUUUUGCUGGUGGGGAACCUUUCAUUGUAAAGCGUGGAUCAUUUCUGGGAGAGCUGGUGAGAUUUUGUAAGGAGGACCUAGAAUUGCCAAGUGUCACCAUUGUAAGCAAUGGAAGUCUCAUAACUGAAAAAUGGUUUGAAAAAUAUGGGGAAUACCUGGAUAUUUUAGCUGUGUCGUGCGACAGUUUUGUCCCGGAAACAAACAGACACAUUGGUCGUUGCCAGAACUCAAGCAAAAAAGACCAUCUGGAAAGUUUGUAUCGAGUGCGAGACUGGUGCAUAAAGUACAAGGUUGCCUUCAAGAUUAAUACCGUGGUCAAUACUCACAACAAAGAUGAAGAUAUGAGUGAACAUAUUGCUGAACUUUCACCCUGUCGCUGGAAGGUAUUUCAGUGUCUUCUGAUCGGUGGAGAAAAUGUCGGUGAAAAUGCAAUCAGAAACGCAGAAAAUAUGGUCGUGACGUCAGAAGAAUUCCAAGCCUUUUGUGAACGACACAGGGAUAUCUCUUGUUUAGUUCCAGAAUCAAACGUACAGAUGAAGGAUAGCUAUCUCAUCCUUGAUGAAUAUAUGAGGUUUUUGGACUGUACACGUGGUAACAAAGAUCCCUCUCGCUCUAUUCUCGAUGUUGGAGUAAAAAAUGCCCUUAAAUUCAGCGGUUUUGACGAAAAAAUGUUUCUCAAAAGAGGUGGCAAAUACAAAUGGAGCAAGGCGGACAUGAAUCUCGAAUGGUAAACCCUGUAAAAUAAUCCUGCAUUCUAAUACAUGUACAUGUAUAUU